GGAGUGGCUCUCCACCUUCCACGAGGGCGGCCUCGUGCUCUCGGCCACCCACCUGCGCCAGGCCAUUUUCACUGCACCGCGGGGCUCGUCGGGAGGACCUACUGGAUGGGUGGCGGAACACCUCCGCGACACCUUUUUGGCGUUCCCACAGACCCUGCCCUCCUUGCUGUCUGUAUACCAGCUCUGGCUCGGAGGACGCUGCCCCUCAGCUGCGCGCUCUCUCUUGGCUUCGUCCACCCUCGUGGCUCUCGCGAAGCCGAACAGGGACGUGCGGCCGAUCGCCAUUGGAGAGGUGCUCGUGCGUGUCCUCUCCCGGGCAGUCUGCCUCCAGCUCCGCGACCAGAUGGCGAGAGUGUUCCUCGCGUCACAGCAGUUCGGAGUCGGGGUCACGUGUGGCACAGAGGUCACCGUUAGAGGCGUUGUCCGUGCUCUAGCCGACCACCCAGGCUGGGUGGUUCUGCAGCUAGACGUGGCCAAUGCCUUUAACUCUUUCUUUCGCGACGUCCUGUUCCAGGCACUGCAUGCGAGCCCUGAGUUCAGGUGUCUCAUCCCAUUCAUUCGUCUUUUCUACGGCACGCCGUCUGAUCUGAUCUAUCGGACUGGUAGGGGAGUCACCACGAUGCACUCGGAGCGCGGCACCCGGCAGGGAGAUCCGCUGAGCCCGUUUCUCUACGCACUCACGCAGCGCCUCGCCCUGGAGCCCGUCCUGGCAGGUGGUGAUGUCCAGCUCUGGUCGUACGCCGACAACACCUACCUCGUGGGCCCUCCAGACAGGGUGCUGCACCAUUUCACUGAGGUCGUGAGGCGCUUGGGCGAGUUGGGCCUUGCUGUCCAGCCGCACAAGUGCCUUGUUCAUCACACGUCCGCGAUCCUGCCCAGCGAGGUGCAGGCUUUCACCGGUCUUGGCAUCGAGGUCGCACGCCGGGGGCUCACCGUGACGGGCGUUCCGGUCGGCACCGAUACCUUUGUGAGGACCAGCCUGCGCGACCGACUGGAGAGGAUGGCUGGGGUGCUGCCGUGGCUCCCGAAGCUGCGGCAGCCACAGACAGCGGCGCGCCUGCUCUCCGCGUGUGUCAGCACACGUCCGCAGUACUUGGCGCGGACAGUCCCCCCAUCACCAGAGGUACGUGCCAUCUUUGCAGCGUGGGACGCGCGCUUGGGAGCGACCUUCCAGCAGCUCCUCGUUCGAGGUACGUGGAGGGAGGGGGAUGCAAUCUGCAAGGCAGCCUUGGAGCAGGCUUUUCUCCCGAUUCGCCUCGGGGGCUUCGGCAUCCGACGCAUGGAGCGCAUCGCCCCGGUGAGUUAUCUCUGUUCGUGGGCGCAGUGCGCACCGAUUCUCUGCUCGCUGCCGUCGGUGGGGGAGGGCUUCCGUCAGAGCUUCGCAUCAGGUGAGCCCGUCCAGAUCGAUCCGCACAUCAUGAUGGCUCAGGAGGCCCUGCCAGCAGACGUCCUACGCCUCAUGCGGGCCUGGCCUUCUUGCGCGACAGGAGCACUGGACGGCCUUUUCAGAGAAGCCAGCAGACACAUCAAGGUGCACGCUUUGGAGUCGGUACGUACCCGUCAUACUGAUCCCCUGCAUCUUGCCCGUUUGACAUCCCUUCAGGGUCCAGGUGCGGGAGCUUGGCUUACGACGGUACCCUACGCGGACUCCCUGCGCAUUCCGGAGGCGCAGUGGCAGGUGGCUUCAUGCUUUCGUCUCGGUCUCCCCAUUCCCCAGUUAGUCCUGGCAGGUCAGUGCUCGUGCGGAGAGGAGAUCGCCGACAUGUCGGUGCCGCAUCACGCGGUGCGGUGCGCGCGCUUCGCGGUCGCCACGACCAUCCACGACACAGUGAAGUACAUGCUUCGUGACUUCGCGGACGAGGCCGGCUUCGCUGUCCAGGUGGAGGACACGGCGCUCAUUCCGCACCUGGAGGCGGCGCGAGCUCGACUGCAGACAGAGCAGCAGCCCGCGCAGCAGCAGCAGACGCCAGCCGCUCGCACAGGCCGCAUAGGGGCACCCGCCCGCAUUCCCGACCUCACCUGCAGGGCGCCGCGAGAUGCAUUGAUGGUGAUUGUAGACGUCUCGGUGGCAGACCCACAGCGGGAGGGGAAUGCGCAGUUCAGGCGGAUGGCACCCACUCAGAUUGGCGGCGCAGCAGCUAGGCGGGUGCAGGAUAAGCUGCGACACUGGAGGCCGGUGUUACAGGGGUUGCAGCCGGAUCCAGAGUUCUACGCCUGCGUAAUGGAGACUUUUGGGUGCCUGAGUGAGCCACUGCGGCAGUUCCUAGGGCUGUGUGCAUCGCGGACAGCACGGCGGAGGAGAGAUUCAGGGGCAGGGGAUGACGGGUCAGCACGGAUAUUUGAGACGAGCCUCACUACGCGUCUCUCCGUGGCACUGCAGCGUGCGCAUGCAAAUGUGAUCAUGCAGCAUGCAGUGCGGCAGCUGGGCGGCUCCGACAAUGGAUGGAUGCCAGCACCUGUACCUUUGGGCGCUGGGCAGGGGAGUUGGCACCACAUCACAGGGUGCUUCGAGAGUGCAGCAGACAUGCAGUAUAUGUAUGAUGCAUAUGUGUAACAAAAAACAUAUAUAGGCCGUGCUUGAGACGCUGUGCCCGCGCUGUGCGCGUGGGCUGUUGCUUUGUUAGGUCCCAUGAUGUCCCUCUGAUAUAGUCACACCCCCCCCUCCCUCCUUCCCCUCUCCUCUUUCUCUCCUCUUUCUCGCUCUCUUCUCCCCCACUCUUUCUGCUACCUUCUUCCUUCCAUUAUCUCCUUUCUCUUUCCUUCUCUAUCUCUCUUCUCUCUCAUUUUCUCUUCUAUACCUCUAAAUGCAACUAUGUCAUA